AUGACGCGCCCCAAGGUCCCUGACGACAAGCGCCAGCGCACGGCUCAGGCCUGCGACUCGUGCAAGCGCCGGAAGCAAAAGUGCAAUGGCUUGAAACCCUGCCAAACCUGUAUUAGGAGAAAGUUGACUUGCUGCUACACGCCGAAUAAUGCUCCCGACCAUGUUGCGGACACUGCUGCGUCACCAACGAAACGGCGCCACAUCGAUACCUCCCCGCCCUCUAUACCUUCUGUCCUCGACGGCUCCGAGGGCACCUCCCCUCAGUCCCGCGACGCCAUGCAGACCUGGGAUCAAACGCCGACCGGCGAGCAGCAAAAUCAGCAGCAGCACCAGCACCCGAAGUCGGAAGACUCGUCCAUGUCGGGAAUGACAACACAGCCGCCCAUCUCGAUCCCCGUGCUCGACCAUGUUCGACAUGGUUCUUUGCACAACUUCAAGAAGCUCCCGAGCCGGAACAACGCCAAUGGACUAUCCGAAGAGACCAACAUCUACACCGAAACUCGGAUGUUGCAGGACCAGACGGGACGACUGCUCUACAUUGGAGAUGCGUCUACGCUGUCCAUCCUGCAGUUGAUCCGCAUCGUGGUCGAGAACACUGCUGGGUCGGAAAUGGGCUCUCCUUUCAUCGAUGAUCCUAAGAGGCAUCGGAUACUGGAAAGCAUCGCUGACUUCCCGGACAAUGUACGAAUCCCCGGCCCCCUGCCGGACAAGGAAACGGCCGAUAUUUUGAUAUCGUCGUACUUCACCAAUACGUGUGGCCUGAUUGAGGUCUUUGACAGGGGUUCGUUUCUGCGGCAGGUCGACGAGUGCUACCGAGACCCCCCGUCAACCCGGAACGACUUCCUCUGCAACCUGUAUAUGGUGCUUGCCGUCGGUUUGUUACUGGCAGCCCCUCCACCCGGAAGCCGGGAGGAAGUUGCCGUCCAGAAGCAACUUGCUGGACAGCCAAACAGGGCCGAGCUCUUCUUCCGGAGCGCACGAACCAUGUGCGACUCCGGAGCCGGGUUUGAGGAUGCCGACUUCUGGUCGAUCCAAGCGUUGACGUUGAUGACUAUCUACAUGCUUAUUCUCUCCAAAAGAAACAGGGCCUAUGUGUACUUGGGCAUGGCCGUGCGCUCGGCGUUCGCCUUGGGGUUGCAUCGGGAGGAGACCAUGCGAGAUGUCAUCUUCUCCCCGGUCGAGAUGAAGGUGCGGAGGAACCUGUGGAAGACCCUGUUCAUUCUCGACCGGUUCCUCGCCGCCUCGCUAGGAAGGCCGACCGCCAUAUCCGAGGACGAUUGCUCCUGCAAGAUCUUUGGCCGUGAUUCGUCUCAUCUUCCGACCAUGGGCGGAUCCGGGUUCGACCACGUCCACACCAGCAGCCUGGAUGCUUGUGUCGAGACGGCGCAUAUCAUCGGUGUCACCCUCAAGGUCUUCUCACGACGACGGAUCUCGACCGCCAAGGUCCAGGAAAUUAUCGACAUGUCCAGGGACUGGGAUCAAGCCUCGCGUGCCCAGUCUUUUCGGCGUCACUCGGCAGGAGGGCCUGCAAAUCCAGCCCACGGAGUGGCAUCGCUUCACGCCAGCCUCAUAUCCCUCCAUUCCCUUAUCCUCCUCACCCGACAGCUGUUUGUGAUGCAUAACUGGAUGCUUGUGGAGGAGCGCUCGGGCAUCAAGAAAUCGCCACAGAUCCGCGAAUCAGCGAUGGCGAGGUUCUCAGAGGCCUGCGUCGUGGCCUCGUACCGGACCAUUGAGAUUGCUCGGAGUGCCUGGGAAGACGGCUACCUCCCGCGGAGAAACCCCUUCAUCAUAUACUUCAUCUUCGUCGCCUGUCUUGUCAUCUGCAUGAACCAGUUCUCGUCACUGUACUACACGGAUGAGUACAGCGAGACGAUGCGUGAUGCCCUCAACAUUGUUGCCUACUGCGCCGAGACCGACCCACAAGCCGCGCGUGUUCUUGACAUUGUUACCCGAUUUUCGCAGGUCGUCACCAAAUGGACCAAGGACCACGCCUACCCAGCACCCCAGCUCUCGGACGAUUUCGGCUGUCUGUACACAUCCGCGCCUCGAUCGGGAGUCGGAUCCGAACCGACGCCCAUGGGUCCCAUUCUCAACCCGGAUAGUCAAUGGCGAAGCUCGUCCCAAACGGCAAGCGGGUCGGACCGCGGGCUUCUCACCCCACCAUCGCGGCCAAAGGUGCCGCUCCUCGACGUGCUCUCCUCGCAAGGGCCCGGCAUCUCCAUCGAAGCGAGGGUGAACGGCAUGACGCCGCCACAAGGCCAUAUCCCCUCCGCUACUCUCGUUGGUGGCCGGUCGAGCGUCUCGUCCCACUCGAUCCCCAGCUUCGAGCCUCACAGCGGGAAUUUCGAGUUUGAGUUUGAUGGGCUGUGGAAUAAUUUCAUCAACCAUCUGCCGCCCGUCUCUUCGGUGGCACCAAAUAUCAGCAGCCUUGCGCUGCAAUUCCCGCCACCUGUUGUUGGCGCGCCGACAGAACCUUAUGACAAACCUGGCUUUUGA